AUGCCAGGGCACGAAAUUUCUGCCUUCGAUAGGGCCCGAAUUAUCGCUUUGCAUGAAGAAGGUCUCAGCAGGCAGCAAAUUGCUGAUCGUUUAAAUUUAGUGCGAAGUACUGUAAGCCGAAUUAUACAACGGUAUAUGGACACCGGAAAUGUAAGAUCUCGUCCUAGGUUGGGUCGUCCAAAUGUAACGACUGAACGACAGUAUCGCUACUUGGCUCAAUUUGCCAGAAGAUUUCGGUCAGUUCCAAUUCGAGAGCUACGAUCUCAGUUUCAACGAACUUACCACCGAGUGAUAUCAAGCCGAACCAUUUCCAGGCGACUUUCUAAUGCUGGAUUGCGGCGUAGACCUCCACUGCGAGUCCAUCUAUUAACUUUACAUCAUAAGCAAAGGAGGCUACAGUGGGCUAGAGAACACCAGAACUGGUUAUUACCUCAGUGGAAAAACGUAAUUUUCACUGACGAAACCAGGAUAGGUUUGAUCAGUGAUGACUAUCGUCAGCGAGUGUGGAGGGAGGCAGGGAGGUGGCAUCGCUUCAAUACAGCCCUUGCUAUUGCUCCUUAUCAAGGAGGAACUGAGAUGUUCUGGGGUGGCAUCAUGUACAAUAGGCGAACAGAGCUCAUUCAUACUCGAAGAUACUGA